AUGAAACUAAUCUUUGUUGCCGUCUGUGUCGCCGCCCUCGUAGGCGUCGCCCUGGCCAGUGGGCCCCCGGUACUACCUGAACGACCUGUGCCUCAGAUUGUUAGCUCAGAAUUCAGCCAGCAACCUGAGGGUGGAUACGUUUACAAUUACGAAACUCAAGACGGUAUCAAAAAGACCGAGAACGGUGAGGUUAAAACCGUGAAUGACGAGGAUAACAAGCCGCAACAAGUGGUUGUCGUGCGCGGCUCGUACAGCUACCCCGACGAGCUUGGCCAGCAGCACAACGUCAACUACGUCGCUGAUGAAAAUGGCUUCCAACCGGAAAGCGCAGACAUCCCCGUGCAGGCCUAAGCUUACAACGGAGAGACCUACACCUGACCAUUGGCAACCAUCUCACGGACUUUUAGCUACCUACCUAGUUAACAAAUAGGUACAUUGUUUUAACUGAAGCGACUAUUGAUAAUGUGAUGGAACACGAUUGCUACAAAACAUACUAGUUUAUGAGAGUCACAUGCAACUAUGUUCAGUGUGAAUGUUACAGUCGCAUCAUUGCGUUGGGCGCUUCAGUUGGUAUAAUCUUAGCCAUUUCUCUAGAAUUUUAUUAGUUACUCUUUGUUAUUUUGUUUCUCACUGCCAUAUUACUUUUUAAGUUUGCUUAUACUAUUUUUUGUUGACAUGUUCUGUGAAUAAACUUGAUUAAAGAGAACAAAG